CGGCCUGGCCCAUAACUAUCGAGUUACUCUGAGUUUUUAAUAAACGGUACCUAAUUCGGAUCAUCUUCCCACUCUCUUGCUCGGUAGAAACUUGCUCCGUAAUUCCUGUUCAACUGUUCAUUCCUUGCAUGUUCAGGAUUGGAUUACACAUUUAACAGAAUGCAGACUUCCGGCCCUUCAACAUCUACUCUUGUCAAACACUAACCUUUAAUAGCCAUUAGUUAACAGCUGAAAAUUACUCCCACAAGCAAAACUCCACACAUUCUGCUAAUCAUUGUCCAGGAAGCCAAAAUUAACCAUAAUUCAUAAACCCAAAAUCUCCUCGGAUUUUCCAAUGAAAUCCCGUUUCCGCUGCCGGCAAAUAUCAUGGUCCGAAUUGGCGCCGGAUCUGUUAACAAUUAUAGCAGAACGCCUUGAGACACGGGCUGACGUCCUUCACUUCCGUCGAGUUUGUAAGACAUGGCGAGCUUCUGCUCCUCUUUCUCUUCUCACCCCAAAAAACAUAUUAUCCCCUCUCUUCCCCUGUGGGCCCUAUCGUCUCACUAACGAGUAUGGCUUUACAAACUCAAAAACCAAUAAUAUAGUGGCAAGUUCUGUAUUCCUCUUGCAAUCAAAUGUAAAUCCCAGUCUCCCACCUUGGUUAUUCUUUGUUGACGAAUUUACCAAAGGUAAGCUCUCUAUCAGAUGUCCCAAUGCUUCAACUAUGCCCAUAGAUUUUCCAAAAGCUAUGGAUUUGUCCCGUUUAAAUGUAUUGGAAUUGGGUAGAUUCCAUCGGUCGACUUGUCAGGGUAAUAGGGACAAUUACAAGGCGGUUUUGUUUGUGAAUCCAAAGUGUGUAACUCACCCUGCAAUUAAUGAUUGUACUCUUAUGGAGUUGUCUCAACAGAGGGAUAUGUAUGCAACAAGGCUUAGAAAUGGGGAAAAACAUAAGAUACCUUAUAGGGUCAGGGACGGCCGCUGAUUGAUGAUUUAGUGAAUUUCAAGGGGAAGAUUUAUCUUGUUGAGCGCAGAGGUUUUGCCUAUUCCAUUGAUUACCAUUCACUGAAGGUUUCGAGUGUUGUAGAAGACUCAUGUUGUGAGGCUUCGGGUGAGCAUAACACCCGUAAAUUUUUAGUUGUAUCAUGCGAUGAACUGUAUGCAAUUCAUGUACAGCGUAGGAAAUGGGGUGCAACUUUAAAGUGUUUUAGGAUGAAUGAGGAGGAAGAGAAAUGGGAUUAUCUUGAAGAUAUAGGUGAGGAAAGGAUAUUGUUCGUCACUUUUGAUGGCUGCUUCUUUGCCUCAGCCAAGGAUUUUCCUGGCUGGAAAGGCAAUUGCAUUGUAUUCCCUGAUUUUUCGUUCCUGCGCGCAUACAACUAUUGUAGUAAUGGGGAUAUUCAUGUCUUUCACUUGAAGCGUGGUGAUUGUGGUGUUGUAUUAUCUUCAUCUUAUCCAGGGCCUCCAGGCAACUGCAGCACUAGCCGCUAUGCUGAUGUGUUAUGGCCACCCCCAUCAUGGAUUUGGAAUGAUAAACAUUGUACCUUAGGUGGAGAAGAACACAAAGAACAUGAAGAUGUUGAUGAGGAGGAGGAUGACAGAGAGGAAGAGGAGGAGAAUGAUGAUAAUGAGGAAAGGAAAGACGAAGAACUGGAUGAACAAUGAUCAGCCAAAUUUGUUCCCGAAGAUGAUGAAGUUCAAAUUUCUCCGGAGCCCAUCUUUGAGGUAGAGAUACCACACACCUCUUUGCAAGUCGCAGAGGAUAUACCACAUGUUCAUGAAGAGGUCCCCAGUAAAAACAACAAUGCUUCUGCUCCAGCAACUAAUUCUCAGCAUGAGUACCCUGAAAGUGGCGCUUCAAUGCAGAGAUUUCAGGCUGCUGAUGUUGAUGUAGAUUCUCUUUCAGACACCAUUGUUUGUGUUAAGGAAAAGUUUCAAGGAGUUGAUGUGAGCUCUCUCUUGAUCCCAGUUUUGCAGAAGGUUUGGGAUAAGCAUGGAAAUAUAAUGCAAGGACAUGUAGUGAACAGUGAUAGUCUCCUUACAUGGGCCUUAGAAUCUCUAGCAAAGAUAAUUGUGAUUCUUCAAAGGGGUUCCGGGAUGUCCCUAAAUGACUCCCAAGCUAAAUACCUAUAUUCAACCCUGCUUGACCUUCGGCCACUGCGUUUCAAAUUGGAUUGGCUAGUUCCCUUUGUAGAAAAGGCUUUGGCGCUUCACAAAAACAAGGAGAAACUAGAAGCUAUUAUAGAGCUUGAGGCAACGAAAUCCAAGCUCGUAGUAGAGAUGCGUGAGGUGAAAGAAAGGUUGUGUGAGGUGGAAGAAAGAUUAGAUGAACAGAGAAAGCUUGUUCCUGAGAGCCUGUUGGUUUCAGCUCCUUUAGAUGUAAAAGAUCUGCUGGGAUGAACAACUGUACGUGUGUUGCUUUUUUGG